AUGGGUUCGACACAAGACUUAUGUGAAAUAAUCAGAUUAAAUGUUAGGAAAUGUCAAAACCACUUCGAGAUAUACGCAGUCUAUAAUCCACCUCAGAAUAGUCCUAACUUUAAUCUUCUGAACAUCUCACACAAAACUGUAGUAUUAGGAGACUUCAACGCCCAUUCCACCAGAUGGGGCUCUAAGAAUAUAAAAAUAGCUGGAAAGGAAAUAGUAGACUUUCUUAACAGCAACAGUUUGGAACUUAUUUAUAGCAAUGAGGAACCUGCAACAUAUCUGUACUACAAUGGAACUAGAACAACUCCUGACUUGCACCUGGCUUCAACCGACAUCAGCGAGCAUACCCACAGCAAAAUAAUUGACGAUCCUGGUUCUGAUCACAAACCAGUCAUUGCUUGUAUUAUGCCAUCAGCAGCAAAAGCAUGA